AUGGCUCCGUCAGCCAUUCCCAUCCGUAGCGUGGACAAAGUGUACAUCAGCACUGGCGCCGUCGACUAUCCCACGCCGCGGGCCAUGACCGCGGAAGAGAUCAAGAAGGUAAGGGAGACUACCUACCGUCGAAGCGCGAGGGCAGGGGAGGCUCCGCAUUCGUGCUCGCUGCGCGACGCGGGUUCCGCAUUUGUGGUCGCUGCGCGACGCGGGUUCCGCAUUCGUGGUCGCUGCGCGACGCGGGUUCCGCAUUCGUGCUCUCUGCGCGACGCGGGUUCCGCAUUCGUGCUCGCUGCGCAACGCUGGUUCCGCAUAGUCCCAUCUCCGCUAUCGCCAGUGACGGAGCAGUUCCGCGUGGCGACGCGCACUUAUUGUUGCAAUAUCCGUUCACUUUUUUCCUUCCCUCGUUGCAAUGCCCGGCACGGGUGGAUCCCCCAGGUGACGGAGCAGUUCCGCGUGGCGGCGCGCAACGCGAUUGACGCGGGGUUCGACGGCGUGGAGGUGCAUGGCGCGAACGGCUACCUGCUGGAGCAGUUCAUCAAGGUGAUCAAGGCAGUGGCGGACGAGGUGGGCGCCAGCAGGGUGGGCGUGCGGCUGUCUCCCUACAGCACCUUCCUGGAUGAAACCGACUCCGACCCCGUGGGCACCUACGUGGGGAUGGUGGAGCGUCUGAAUGGCAUGGGGCUGGCGUACGUGCACUUUAUUGAGGCGCGCGUGCGCGGGAACGACGACAUGGAAGUUGAGAAGGAGGCUGUCUGGCUUGGCGUUGUGCACUUCAUCAAGGCGCGCGUGCGCGGGAACGGUGGCAUGGACACCGAGGAGACUCUGGAGCCAUUCCGCAAGGCAUUCAAGGGGCCAUUCAUUGCUGCCGGCGGCUUCAAGCGGGAGAGCGGCAUGGCAGCGAUAGAGAGCGGGGUGGCGGAUCUGAUCACGUAUGGCCGGCUCUUCCUGGCCAACCCCGACCUGCCGAGGCGCUUUGAGCUCAACGCGCCGCUCAACCCGUAUGACCGCAGCACCUUCUUCAUCCCCGACCAGGUCAAGGGGUACAUCGACUACCCUUUCCUCGAUGAGGAGCCCAACAAGGCGGAAUAG